ACGUCAAAUGUAUUGUCAAGUUUCGAUGUUUAAAAAAAAAAACACUAAAACAAAAUAUAUUUAUUACUGUGAUUUAUUAGGUACCAUUCUAAUUUCCAAGCAAACGUAUUGUAUUGCUUCAACAUAAUUUAUUUUAUAUAGGGUGGUUUAGACAUUGCAGUUCAUUGUGCAAGAAUAAACUUUUAAAUACAUACACAGAUAAUAAUUACAUCUCUUUCGAUAUUAACUGCAUAGAAAUAUGGAGGCUUAUUGGUCCAUGGGUCCAGGCACUUUAGAUGUGCCUAUGUCAUUGUUUGCUAAAAACAGACAAAGACUGGCAGAGAAAUUAGAAGAUGGACAAGUGGUUGUGUUGCAAGGUGGAGAUGACAUUAGUCAUUAUGAUACGGAUAUACAAUAUGUAUUUAGGCAGGAAGCCUAUUUCACCUGGGUAUGUGGAGUCAAAGAGCCUGGGUGCUAUUUUGCUCUAGAUGUGAAAACUAAAAAGGCCCAUCUUUUCGUUCCUCGCCUGCCAGAUGAAUAUGAAGUGUGGAUGGGGAAAUUGUUAAAUUGUGAACAAAUCAGAAAAAUUUAUGCCAUCGAUGAAGUUCAUUAUGUUGAUGAGCUAAGGGAUAUUCUCAAAUCGAUGAACCCUGAUAAAUUACUCACUCUUAGUGGUCCAAAUACAGAUAGUGGUUUGACAGCAAGUGAAGCAGUUUUCGAAGGCAUUGAUGAGUUUACAGUUGAUAAUGAAACUCUCUUCCCAAUAAUAGCUGAAUUGAGAGUGAUCAAAACACCAGAAGAAAUUGAAGUUAUGCGUUAUGUGUGCAAAGUUUCUUCUGAUGCUCACAAACAGGUGAUGCUCUACGCCAAACCAGGUUUAAAGGAGUACCAAUGCGAGUCAGUUUUCUUAGACCAUUGCUACCGUAUUGGCGGGUGUCGUCAUGUUUCAUACACUUGUAUCUGUGGCUCGGGAGUUAACGCAGCAACUCUGCACUAUGGUCACGCAGCAGCGCCCAACAGCAAGAUUAUAGAGGAUGGUGAUCUAUGUUUGUUUGAUAUGGGUGGCAACUAUGCGGGCUACGCCGCAGACAUUACAUGUACAUUCCCAGCUAAUGGCAAAUUCACUGAAGAACAAAAACUCGUCUAUGAAGCAGUACUUGAAGCUCGUGACGCCGUAGUCAGGGAAGCAAAGCCUGGUGUGCUAUGGACCGAUAUGCAUUUGACGGCUAACCGGAGUAUGCUACAACAUUUGAGAGAUGGUGGCUUGCUGGUUGGUGACGUUGAGGAUAUGAUAAAGCACGGCGUGAACGCGAUCCUCCAGCCUCACGGGCUCGGUCACCUGAUUGGCUUGGACGUGCACGACGUGGGCGGGUACCUGGCGCACUGCCCGCCGCGCCCGGCCGGCCCGCUCGCGCGCUUGCGGACCGCGAGGGUGCUGCAGGCCGGCAUGCUGCUCACUAUCGAGCCGGGCUGCUACUUCAUCGAUAAGCUCUUAGAUAGAGCGCAGUCCAGCCCCGAACAAGCGAGAUUCUUUAACUGGGACAAAGUGAACAAGUACCGCGGCACGGGCGGCGUGCGUAUCGAAGACGACGUUCUCAUCACUGAGGAUGGAGUGGAAAAUCUCACAUUUGUGCCGCGAACUGUUGCGGAAAUUGAAGAGCACAUGGCAAAUGGAGCUAAUUUUAAACAGAUUUAAGUAAAAUAUUUAACCGACUGUAUAUUAUGUGAUACAAUAUAUUACCAUUAUGUUAUCCUUUUAUAAUGUAAAGGUUUCAAAUAAAAUGUCUAUAUAUUUUGUU